AGGAUGAACCUAUAUGGUCACGUGACGAUCUCUUUGGUGGGAGGCGUGGCCCCAUAAAAGCAUCUGCUCUGCUCUGCAGUGAUUUGUCGCCCCCCGCCAAAACCACGACAACAUCCUGCAUUCAUGACACACACUCAACCUUAACACCUUCACAAGCGAACAAAGAACACACUUCGCCGACCCAACCCUUCUGACCCGACCAAUCUUCCCUGAAAUACAAAUCCUACUGAGAAGAACCGCGAGUCACUAUGCCUAAGAAUAAGGGAAAGGGAGGUAAAAACAGACGAAGGGGCAAGAACGAGAACGACAAUGAGAAGCGCGAGUUGAUCUACGCCGAGUUCGGUCAAGUCUACGCUCAGGUAGUCAAGAUGUCCGGCAACGGUCGCCUCGACGCCACCUGCUUCGAGAAAGACGACAAGGGCAACGACGUCAACGUCCCGCGAAAAGGCCAUAUCCGCGGCAAGCUGCGCAAGAAGGUCUGGAUCAACCAGGGCGACAUCAUCCUCCUCUCGCUGCGCGAAUACCAAGACGAGAAGGCGGACGUGAUCCACAAGUACUCGGUCGAUGAGGCGCGCAAGCUGAAACUGCGCGGCGAGUUACCCGAGGAGGCGAAGAUCAACGAGACGGACACGUACGGCGACGAGGGUGGCGAAGGCAUCGGGUUCGAGUUCGACGACGAUGACGAGUCGGGCGCGGACGACAAGGAUCUGGAUAUUGAUAACAUCUAGACGCGCGCCAGAGGGAUG